UUGUAAAUAACUUAAUUUCUCAAACUCCACAAAAUACGAAUAAAUGUCUUCUUUUCACAAAAAGUUAUGUUUGUUUCAAAACAUUCUUGUAUCGUGUAUAAAUUUCACUUUUCUUAUAAAUCCUCCAACUUCACUUGGUUUAACCUUCCACACGGUCUCUCUCCGUUAUCUUAUCUCUUCCUUUGCAGGUGCCUCUUUUCACCAAUCUCGAUCAUGUUUCAUCGGGCCAGUCAUGCUUCAUGUUUCUUCUUUGACGGGUCAAUUGAUGGCAGUUUUAGUGAUGUUUAGCAAAGAGAAACAAAGUAUCUCCUUGUUGAUAUUGCCUUGGAACCCUAGAGAGGCUAAAUCUUUUGUUAGGAUGGACUGUGCGGUCUUUAUGGUGAUGAUUUUGUUAUAGAUGAUGGUUAUGGUUCUGGCUUGUGUGGUUCAUUGUUACUGGGUUAGAGAUCAGUUCGAUGGGUUAGAUGUGGAGAGUCGAAGUGAAGGUUUUAGAAGAAAAUUUAACAACAAAAGCGUCUCGAUCGUUGAAAAAGAGACUGGUUCAGAUGUAAGAAAGAACAUGGAAUUCGAAGAGAAGACAAAUGUAUGAGUUUUCUAUGAGUCCACAUUUUGUGUGUACUGCUCGGAGAUGGAUAUUAAUAAUUAUAUUUUAUGUCUUGGUUAAAAGAACAUAUUAUUUGCUGUGACAAAACUCUAGUAAUAGGAUGCAUGCAUUUUUA